UUAUCGAGCCAUCGAUUAAAACGUUUAAAUCAAAUAAAAGUUUAAUGGUGUACAAUCUUGGGAGCAGUCGCUUUAAUGCUUGCACAUCUCCGAUUUCCUCGCACUCCAUUUAGCUGUGUAAAGGGUAUCUGAUAGUCGAGGCCAUCGACUAUAGCGUUCUGACUUGUUUUCUUUCUUAUCUCGAUCUAUAAAAUCUCUUUUUAAAUAAUGGUCCUCAGUAUAGACGGCAUUUAUGUAUGACUCUUAGUGAGAAUAUACCUUCCUUACUUAUUAAAAAAUGGUAGUUAAAUUAAUGUUGGUAAUUACCACAGUACUUAAAAAUCCGCUCCUGUUAUAAGCAUUGCCAUGUUAACAACGACAAGAAAAUCUUUGCAAAACAAAGUAGUUUGACAGAGUGAUCUGGAGUCGUGGGUCGCUAAACAUCGAUCAAACAUCGGCUGUCACUUGGCUGGCCAUCGAUCUGAGCCUGCCAAUUGAAUCUUGUGAAUAGCUUAGUUAUACACCCGGCCAAUAUCAAUAAUCGUGUCGGACUGUUGAUACAAUCUCGCCUCUCACAAAUACUCAGCUAAGGAGGGGGAGGCGUGAAAAUAUGCCGGUCCCAGUCGCCCAGACUAAUUUGAUAAUCGCACAAUCAGACAGUGUUCAACAAACCUGGUUGGGAAUCAGACGUAGUCGCAGAAAAAUUAUUUCACAGCAAAAAGGAAAUCUUGAGUCGCCAAGAUGCAGCCCUUAACGGAAUAUCACUUUGAAGAAACCCGCAAAAUGCACGGAGUAAAGAGGGUGCUGAUCUUCUGCCUGAUGAUUGUUAUACUGCCGGCCAUACUUAUCAUUAUGCCACUGCAUCUGCGAAAGACGGUGUUUGCGGAUGUCAUCUAUCCCAUGGCGGAGUCCGAUAUCAUUGAGAUUCGGGCGGGAAUCUCGUCGGUCUUCUGUUCGAAACACACCCUGCGAAUGAACUCCAAUUUCAACGCUUUUCAACUUCGUAAUAAGCCGGAGAUCGCGACGAAUCGCAAGCACAUAAGGCUGAAGAAGUCUAUGACACUGCCGGACGAUACCCUGGAAUACUGGGGCUUCUUCUUGCUAAAAGGGGCCAAGGUGCGAGUGAAGUUCUGUUCACGCUUCGAUGGAUCGCGAAUUUUGAUCAUCCAUGGCCACAGGGAACUAAAUCUUUGCGGUCUUACCGAUCACAAUAAAAACAAGCUGGGCGCCAAUUAUGCCAAGGGACAUGAACAGGUCCAGGUGUUCUUCGAAGACAACGUAGAGAUCGUGGAGGAGAAGGGCAAUCAGGAUAUUUUAAUGGAGCAUGAAAAUCAUGGUGGAGAGGACUUGAGUGAGGAUGCCUCACAGCCACAGUUAAAUAUACCACUCAAAGAAAGCGUAUCGACCCAGCCAAAACUGCUUAGAAAGAAACUUAAGAAGGGAACAAUUCAUCACAGUGACCCCGACCUGCAUACAGUUGCGGAUUUGCAGGGAUCUCAUCACACAGAACACAUAUUAAAUCACCGUGAUCACAAUUCAAAUCCGCAUGCACACCCUCAAAAUCAGUCUUUAAAUGGUAUUCCCCAACAUCAAGAUGAUGAAAGUAGACACAAUUCCGAACACCAUCAAGACGAGAAUCAUCCAGUUCACAAUUCGAGUGAGUCUUAUCAUAACUCAGAUAAUGCGCCCCAUCGCGAACGCCUAAAACGACACAACGGAGGAACCCAUAGACAUCAGAAGAGGCAGGAUCUCUACGACAAACUCUAUAAAAGAUCAAAAAGGGAGAACGUGUACGAUAGGAAGACCAUCCACGGCGGAAAUGCCAUCAACUUUACGGAAACCGAUGAGUCCAAUUCGGUAUCCAGCUUUGAGACAGGACUAUUUCAGUGCUUUAAUGGAAUGAUUCUUCUGCAGGAGUUCUUUAAGCCAAAAAAUGAGUGCUCAAACCCGCAUAUAAUGGACAGUUCUCCCAACAAGAGUUCUAUGGUGGUGCACAAUGUGAUCGAGGAUGGUUACUACUACUAUAUAUUCUACAGUGACAACGACCAUGUGCAAAAUGAGAUACACGCCAUAUUCGAUAUUUACAAGCCAACGUAUCAGUACUCGAACAUGAGCGAAUCGCAGAGCUGUCUUAAUACCACAAACUGCACUUUCAAUAUAAGUUUCCUCUCGGACGAGAUCGUGGUGGUCGAGGUGCCUACAAGGGAUGGAAUCGAGCACGAGGCGGACGAUAUAACCAACUUGAUCUCCACCUGUCAUCCGCGCAGCGAGAUAUACGCCAUAUUCCCCAUCACGGUGCUAGUCCUGAUCCUGUGCUGUUCCUUUCUGUAGUCCUCUUAAAUCCAAUAAUAUAAAUGUAAUAUUGUGAUAUUUUUAGUGAGGUAACUACUGGGUGAUAUACUCGCAUGUGAGUGUGGUAACGUAAUGGCCGACCCCAAAACGAGAGCUUUUCUAGUAGCCAUGGUAUAUCCAAUAUCGAUUAUACACACGGAAUGAACAGUCUGAACAAUUCAUUAUCAAUAUCUUAGUUUAUAAUAGCAUAAGACGCAAGCAUUUCAAAGUCUACAAAUACUGAAUUAUUUUAGUAGUGUAAGAAAAAAUGUAUAAUUGUAUUGUGUACAAAUAAUUGUAGAUACAUGUAAUUUUAAGGGAGGAAUGCGGUACUUAUUAACACUAUUAAUAAAUUGUAUUUCAUAUAUUUCAUAGAAUACGAGCUAGCUGAGCUUUAAAUCGUUCCUUUAAAAAAGCAAAAUAAAAGGAAAAUUAAAUUCUUA